AUGAGAACGCUCCAGGUCUUGCGGGCGGGGACGAUACCGUACAAUCGAGCUCUGGCACUUCAGCGCAAUCUCCACGAGCAGCGGCGUAGCGGCGGCAUCGAUGACACGCUCGUCCUGGCGCAGCAUCCUCCCACGAUCACGCUCGGCCGCCAUACCCUAAGCCGCCACAGCCUCUCCGACGCCAUUCUCACGCCCCAAUCCGAGCUCCAGCGCCUCCAGAUCGAGGUCCACCAGACGCAUCGCGGCGGCGAUGCCACAUUCCACGGCCCCGGCCAGCCGAUUCUCUACCCUAUCGUCUCGCUCCGGGCGCUGGGGAUUGGAAUCCGGCUCUUCGUCGAGAGGCUGGAAGAUCUCAUGCUGGAAGUGGCGAGGGAUUACAAGCUCCAGGCCGGAAGAAUCCCUUCCCAGACAGGCUGCUGGAUCGAUCAGCGACGGAAGAUUGGCGCGCUGGGGAUCAGCGCUCCCCAGGGCGUGACGAUGCACGGCCUGGCAUUCAAUGCCAACACCGAUCUGGAUGGAUUUAAGCACAUCGUCCCGUGUGGAAUCCUGGACAAGGAGGUCACGUCGCUCGCUCGAGAGCUCGGGCAGGAGAGGGUCGAUGAAAAACUAGUGGAAGAACAGCUCCUCCAAAGCUUCGUUCGUCUCAUGGGCUACGAGAGAGUGGUUUCUACUAAAAACCUUGGGGAAGGGAUUCGAACCGAGGACGUCCUCUAG